AUGAAUAAUGAAUACAAGAAGAAGCCAGACUUCAUGCUUGGCUCGAACCACAAGAAAUCUUCUAGUAACCCGGUGUUCACAGGUAAUUUCCCUAAACAAGUAAACGGUCAAAUAAUGGUGUCUCCCCCGCGCAAACCAAGACCUUUCAGCAGUAUUGACGAUCCAAGAUUGCUAAAUGCCCGGCAUCUGACAGGUCAACAACAGAUUGAGGGAGAGUCCUCUGGCGUUCGGUCUACUAACAGCGAGUCCGAAGUUAGCAAAGACUUUUAUUCGAAUACUCUUCCCUUUUUAAUAUCGAGUAAAUUCCCUCAUCCAAGACCCAGACAACUUUCUAUGUAUUUAGUUUUUGGUUCGAAGAUUCCUGAGGGUGAUGAAGCAGCGCACAAAUAUCGAUCGUUUCACCAAGAGGAAACGACCAAGACGGUGGAAGUUCCACGGAAGAAAUUGUAUGUAUCGGAGCCCACGAGGAAGGGCAGGAGACAUCGUUCAGAAGUGGAUGAGCUAGUGGAUCAUUUAGAUAUGUACAUCAAUGCAGCAAAGGAAAAUGCUAUUAAGGAGUCGGCAGUAACAAAUAAUGCGACGGAUGCGUUGGAAAAUGGCUCACCGCUGACUCCUAACAUGACUGAGAGCACCCGUAGUAGUAUUGCAGAUGCUUCGCUGGCAGCUGUGACUCCCUUGGGUAUUUCUAAUAAGAGUCCAGUGAACUUUUUUAGAAGUGGUAGUCAAGGUAGCCCAUGUCGAUUGCAAGGGAACUCCACAACGGAUGCAGAAGAUGAGAUGGAGAGUCCCAAUGAUCGGUUCUCAUUUGUAACGUCAGGUAUUUCUAUUAAUGAAGUUCCGUAUCUCACGUACGAUAGUGGUACGGGUUCCAUUCCGCUGUUGACGCAGUUAAAUACAAGUGAUAAUUCAAAGAUAAAACAUGGAGGGUUGCAUCUUGAAGAUAGUCCAUCACCACGGCAAUUCAGAGUUGUAAAUGAAGACAAACCCAGCUUUUAUUUACAGGACACUACAACCGAAGAAGAAGAAAGUUCAGCUCAUGUAAGUGAGCCAGCUUUACGUGAUUCUAACUCGGAGUUUGAUGAUCGAAGCAGAUAUUCGUCGUCCUUCGGGCAAUCCAUGACACCAACUCAGUCACUGGCUGAAUACGGGAAUGGGCUGCGGGAUUUAGAAGAAGAUCAUCAUCUGACACACACUCUGACUGGGAGAAUGCCGCAGCGAAGCCGUAUGGCCUCGACUGAUAGGCAUUUGGACAAAAACGUAAGGUUGGUUUCAAGCUAUGUGGAGGAGUUAAGACUAAAGUACUUUCCAACUUCAAACUCUCUACAGCCACCAGCUAUUCUACCUAUAGCUUUAAAGACUAAGAAUAACCUGGAACAGCCACAAAAUAUAAAAGUGAGAAUCAGAACCAGCUCAAAACAAAUUGGUAUCAAACACGGGAAGGCAAAACAAAAGUUAUUAAGUUUAGAGACAGCCAACGAAGACGACGACAUAUUACUCAGUAGAGUGGAUCACACGCGAGAAUUCCAAGAGCUGCUGGGGAAAGAAUCAAUAUCGAACGAAGACCAGCCUCUUCCGUACGAUAUUCCAGGUGAUGAAGCUUAUGAUAGUGAUGACGUAAUGGCUCCCUUAAAAGAACGUAAAGACGACUACCUGCACAGGGCAACUACAAGUUUGAAAAGGACAGACACAGUUACAAGUUAUUUCACAAAAAAUGUAUGCCGUUUUCUAAGUGACAGCAACGCCGAAGAAGGUUAUGAUACUGCUGAUCAUUCAACACACACCAAUUCUUCUCUGCCCACAGUCGUUCAUUCUACUUCCAAUCUGGAUGUGUCUACAAGCAAGAAACCCCACCGACCCCGACCUGACUCCGCUGAUUACAGCUACUAUCAAGUGGCAUCUGGUUUGAAAGUUACAAACCCUGAUUUAGACUCAGAAUAA